GGUUUCUUGUUUUGGUGGCACCAUGAGUUGGAACUUCUUGACUCGCUUGCUUGAUGAGAUCUCCAACCAUUCCACUUUUGUGGGAAAGAUCUGGCUCACACUCCUCAUUAUCUUCCGAAUUGUUCUGACAGUGGUGGGCGGUGAGACCAUCUAUCAAGAUGAACAGGGCAAGUUCGUAUGCAAUACUGCACAACCCGGUUGUAAUAAUGUAUGCUAUGAUGCAUUUGCCCCUCUAUCACACAUCCGAUUCUGGGUUUUUCAAAUUAUUAUGAUCACCACACCGUCCAUUAUGUACCUUGGCUUUGCCAUGCACAAAAUUGCUCGAAUGGCUGAUGACGAAUACCGACCACGUAAGCACAAACUGCUUUCUAUGAUUCAUCGAGGACUGAGUCGUGGCUAUGACGAGGCUGAUGAAGUUCCCAUGAUCUUGGAGGAGAUUGAGCCCUCUAAAAAGGAUAGUAAAGCGGUAGCUGCAGCCAAGUCUGCCCCUAAUGAGACAGACAGCGAAAGAGAAAGAAGAGAGUACUUGUGUAGCAUUGAGCCGGGAUGCCUGCAGGCAAAAGUGGGAUUUGUAAGCUCUUUGUAA